AUUACCCGUUUAGGGCUGUGGCGCGCCUCUGUCUCUCUCUCCGUGAAACCAUAGAUUUGACCUCUGAUUUCAUUGUGGGACGCAGCUGCCCCUACCCACGCCGCAAUAUGCACGGACAGAAUGCGCGCGUGCUGCACACUCGCCGUCUCCCUAUUGCCAGCUGGACCCAAUAAAGACCCACAAAAAGUUCGCACUGGCGGCAUCAAAUCGAGGAUUGAACCAAGGUAUCUCACUCGCUUGGAUUCUUACUUCGUCUUUGCCGGUUGGAAUUACCUUUCCCCGCGACCUUCUGGAUCCCUCUCUUCUUCCAUUUCUUCCUCUAUUUUAUUACUUACUAUAUUCUUUCUUGUAGAGAGAGUAAUUUGGGAUUGCAAGUGAGUGUUUCGUCCUUUGUCAGUAUUCUGCGUUCUUUCUCUCAUUCGGGUCAAUGCGCAUUCCAGCACCAUACGACGAGAGAAUGAGGGAAUGAGUCGCCUCAGUUUCGUUCUCUGGGGGCUGUUCUUUCUCCAUAAGAUCAUCAGAGCCUGAAAACAUGAUUUACACAUCAAUUUUCGGUCUGAAGAGACCAGACCCUUUUGCCCCACCAAUCCAAAAGCCCUUGUUAAACCCUUCUCCCUCCAACUGGACGCUAAUUCGCUGCUCUCGCCAGCAGAAUCCCAACCCCAUUGGCAAACCAAGAAAAUCCAAAAGACAUCUCGCGAAACCUAUCAAGGCGAUCAUAAUAAGCCCUGACCAAGUGCCUUCCGGGAACAGCAAUGGAAAGAGGGGUUUUGAGGCGAGAAGGAGUUCUUCCAAAGUGGACAUUUGGGAGAUGUUGAUAUUAGGUGGAUUUGGGUACUGGGUACAAGGAUUCAGGUGUUUCCCUUGGCUGGCUCUGAAUUUCCACAUGGCUGACAAUCUCAGCCUGCGCCCGUCGAUAUUGCAGCUGGUGCAGAACUCUGGCAGCCUCCCCAUGGUGGCCAAGCCUCUCUAUGGAGUCUUGUCUGAUGCUCUGUACAUUGGUGGUGCCCAUAGAAUACCUUACAUCUCCAUUGGAGUCCUUUUGCAGGUUUUGUCUUGGGGACUAUUAGCAUUAGUGCCAGUUGCAGUUGAAGCCCUUCCUGCCCUGAUGAUAUGUGUUCUUCUCAGUAAUCUCGGAGCAUCCAUUACAGAAGUUGCAAAGGACGCUCUUGCUGCAGAGUAUGGUCAGAAACACAAACUUUCUGGUCUUCAAUCCUAUGCAUUUAUGGCAUUAGCUGCUGGUGGAAUUCUAGGCAACUUAUUUGGUGGAUUUUUCCUACGGAGAAUGCAACCCAAGACCAUGUUUCUCAUGUUCAUGGGUCUACUCUCUCUUCAACUUGUAAUUUCAUUAACCACAAGAGAGGAUUCUCUUGGCUUGCCCCAACCAUCAAAUCAUAAUCUUGCGAGGAACUCAGUCUUGAAAGAUAUGAGAAAACAAUUUUCUGACCUUAGGAUGGCAAUCAGCAAUGAGAGUAUAUCUGGUCCUCUUAUUUGGGCUGUGGUUUCUAUUGCAAUGGUCCCAAUUCUCUCUGGUUCUAUCUUUUGCUACCAAACGCAAUGCUUAAAUCUUGAUCCUUCUAUUCUUGGAAUGUCACGGGUAAUUGGUCAGUUGAUGCUUUUAUCGACUACUGUUCUAUAUGAUCGGUUCUGGAAAAGAGUUUCCUUGAGGAAACUGAUUGGCAUGGUGCAGAUUUCAUAUGCAUUGACCCUUCUUCUUGAUCUUGUUCUAGUGAAACAGAUCAAUCUUAAGCUGGGAAUUUCAAAUGCAGUGUUUGCCCUUUGUUUUUCGGGUAUAGCAGAAACCAUUGCACAAUUUAAGGUCUUGCCAUUUUUAGUGCUCUUUGCUAGUUCUAGUCCACCUGGUUGUGAAGGAUCUCUCACUUCAUUCUUAGCAUCGGCUUUAUGUUUAUCAUCAAUAGUAAGCGGGUUUUUGGGUGUUGGAUUAGCUUCUCUGGUUGGAAUAACAUCUGGUAAUUACUCAAGCCUACCUGUAGGAAUUGUGAUACAGUUUCUUGCAGCUUUGGUUCCUGUGAUGUGGAUAUGUCAAGUACCUACAUCACAGCCUUCUGCUGAAAAAGAAUUGAAGAGAGGCAGGAGCAAAGGAACUCGAAGAAAUAGGAGGGUUGAAAGGGUGUUGUUUGAUUCGGUUUAUGCGUUUUGUCGAGAACGAGAAUACGAGGCGCCAAGAUAGAAUAUGCUUUUUGAGUUGGAAGAUUCCUGGAGAGCAGAAUUGAAAUAAAUGAAUGAAGUACAGAACCAUUCAAGUGCUGUUGUGUAUGAUUUACUUAGUUAUAGGAGGCUACGUUCCCUACUUUCAGUUCUUACAAUUUUGCAUCGACCAGGAAGAUCAGAGUGGGACCUUACCCACGGGGAGCAGGACUUUGUAUUUAGUUUUUUCAAUUCCACGCAAACAUUUCUAUGCUCUCUAGUGCACUGCAAUGUUGAAUGGGGAAUUUGUUUCAAGGCAACAUGUCAACUCUGAGAACUAGAAAAGGACUUAUCAGCAGCCGCUCUUCUCGGGACAGUUAAAUGGUCCUCUGAAGCUCAGAUUGGAGUCAUUCAGUGAAUGUCUAUAGACCUCACAAAAAAUGCAUUUUGUUUUGGGGCACCCUAUCCUGCGCUGUGCGGUCCCAGUUAGAAUUCCAGGUCUGGUUGCUUUUGGUAAUCUGUUUUGUGGGGCUUGGGGGAGAUUGGCAUAGUGUUUGUGGCUCAAAAGGUAUCAUCUCAGAAUUCAUGUUGGCUUCUGCACCGGAGCAGUGUAAAUAUGCCUGUAAUUUCAUAGGGACCAUGGCAUCUUGAAGUUGUUAAUGCCCUUCCAUGAGAAAAAUUCUAGACCUUUCUGGGUUGUACUGGCUUUGUGUCUAAAUUAUAAGAACCAUUCAAGAAGGGAGAGGAUAGGAAAGGAGAUGGGAGAGGGGGAAUUGGAUUUUGAGGUUGUGGGGCAAAACUCAAUUAAAUUUUGUUCAAGCUCACAGAGUUUCAAACUAGUGUUUUUGUUUAGUUCCACACAAUUUUGUGCCCAAUACUCAAUUUCAUAUUUCCAAGUGUAGUCAAAAUUUUUGCUGCUAUUAUCCUCAUAAUUGGACCGCAAAAUCUUUUCGAUUC